AUGUUUACCAAAUGUCUGAAGACGGUGAUAAAAUGGAGACCAUUGAGUCAGUACUAUUUUCCUUUAAAUGAUACGAGCCGAACAUAUGCAGCAUUUAGCGCAAAGGACUUGCUCUAUGAGACAUCCGAUGAAGCCGGAACACUUCUAACGAAAUUUGCAAAGCAUGUUGCAAUAGAAAGACACAAUAUAAGUGAACUUGUCCCAAACAAAGUUCGUUACGCGGACUUUUUUCCAGUUAGCGACCUGAAGUACUUCCACAGGGAACUGGCAAAUACUCCAGCAGAUCAAUUGGCGUCCGUAAUUGUGUACGCAUCAUCAUAUCGCUCAAAUGCUGAUCCCUCAAAAUUUGCUCUUGUGUUAAACGAGCUUGACCGAUAUGCCGUGGAGAAAUUAUACGACAUGAAUGUGGAUACAAUACUGAGGACAUUAUACUCGUUUCUGUUUUUAAUUCCGAACUGGAUGACUAGAUUGGAUUUCUAUUCCGAAGCCAUGAAGAAGUUAUAUGAUUUGUUAUUGCAGGAUGGUUGUAAAUUUAAAGAAUUGUUUGUUCAAGUUAGCUUCUACUUUGGCCUGUCGAAAAAGAAUUCAAAAAAUAACCUACAGAAGCAGUGGAAAACAUUUCUCGAUCUACACUUGGACACAUUUUUAGAUGACUUUAGUGCUCUGGAUUUGGCUUUGGUAGCUAGCGCUGCGUAUAAAACGUCGACGAAAAUAGAAAGUGAAAAGUUUAACCAACGUCUUCUCAAAGAGAUUCUAGGUACUUGUACUGUAGAGGGUGGCAAUGAUGCUCUCUUAAUUACUUUAAUAAAAUCCCUGCGUUUUCAAAGGAUAAACUCAAGCAAGGUGUGCGAACAUCUUUCCCAGUUCUGUACAAAUUCUCAAAAACUAAGCCAGUUUCAAACUCGUGGUCAAAUACAUAUUUUUGCUCUGUUAGCCGACAACCUUUGGGACAACCAGAAUUGUUUGCAAGCCUUAGUUAUGGAGUUCAUAGCUAAAUUGCAAGAAAUACGUAAUGAUGAUUACGUUAACCGUAUAAGAGGAAAAGAUAUAGCUACUUUUCUUUGGUGUUGCUUCCAGUUAAAAUGCCACAUGAGUCCGGAUCAACUUCACAUAAUUGAAGAUGUGCUUCUGCAGAAGGUGUAUAAUAAUGAAUUCAAAUAUUUCCCGGAUCAACUCGUUGAAUCAUGUCUAUCAUUAUGGAGUUUAGGAUUAAAAUCUAAAGAGCUUUUGCACAAUGCGAUUAAAAUUAAGGCCGAGUCGUCACCCAAACGACAACAACCUAAAGUAGACAGUCGUCUUACCGUUUUGUUAUCGGCAGCGCAAAUUGAAGAACCCUCGUGGUGUACACAUUUAACCCAAGGUUUUAGAUCAUUUAACCUUGAAGCAAAAAUAAUUUCCCAAUUGAUGGAAGGAAGCUCAGUGGCGUCUGCCACAAUUGUUUGUCCCAUUAAUGGUAUUAAUAUUCCUGGCAUACUAGUUAAGAUUUCUUCGCCUUCAAAAGAUGCUUAUGUAUUUGUCGAAAUUACGUCCAAAUCUCAGAUGCUACGAUUUAGUCAGCAACCUGUUGGGAUACUAAGACUUAAAGUUCAACUUCUUCAGGCUAUGGGAUAUAAUGUUAAAGUCUUGUCCACUGAAGAUUUGGCGGGACCAUUGAAUUUUGCUGAAGUUUUACAAAUAGAAAAUCACGAAGAACCUAACAAAAAUAGUAUUAAGGCAUAA